GAUCUAUCACUAGCUCUGUGAUAUCGGAUGGUUAUCAUGCAUGUAAGCCCAGCUUCCCCCCGACCAACGCUCACCCUCGAGUGGGUUUGCAGUUGGCGUCAUCAACUUCAGGGUAGGUCCCACCACCGCGCGGUGUGAAACUCACGCUUGAAAAAAUUGAUGUAAAACAAAGAUUGCCGUAAGUUCGUUCCAUUGUUGAAAUGUAUCGUUAUUACCCCAUAGGAAAUGGCUAUGGCUAUGGUUGGGCGUUCCGAGACUUUUGCCCCAGGCCGACUCAUAGUGAUGUCAGUCCUGAUGAUGUACUCAAAUAACCACUCUUGAAAUGCCACCUUUUAAUCCAUGCGAGCACCGUCCUCAAUCAGAGCUGGAGGUUAGUCUGAGAGGUCUUUUAACUAUUCCAAUAGCACAAAAUGGCCGUAUCCCAAGCUGCAAAUAUCGUGGAAAGGGUGGUUGGGCAUAGUGAUAAUGCCACCGUCACAACCGAUGUGAGUAACUAUAAUAAGGGAGCUUAUGGGCAGGAAAUGGGAGAGAAGAUCAAGGCCACGACAUGGCAGGGAAAGAACAGUGUCCAAAUCGUCGAAAUGCCAAAACCAAGAGUUGUGGAUGAAGGCGAUGUGAUAGUCAAGGUAACUGGUAGCACAAUUUGUGGAAGUGACCUUCAUCUAUACCAUGGUGUCAUACCCCAAUUAGAGAAGGGCGACGUUCUCGGCCAUGAAUUCUGUGGCGUUGUCGAAAGCGUGGGACCAACUGUGAAGAAGGUUAAGGCUGGAGAUCGCGUUGUUGCAGCUUUCCCAAUUGCUUGUGGAGAAUGCAGAAAUUGUAAGGAGCAACUGACGUCAGCUUGUGAACGGACGAAUGAGAACUCCAUUACGAAUGCGCUAUAUGGUAAACGGACAGCAGGAAUUUUCGGUUAUAGCCAUUUUACUGGGGGCUUCGCGGGAGGCCAAGCAGAGUACGUUCGCGUGCCUUACGGCGAUAUUAAUCUACUGCAGCUCCCAGCGGACGUUCCAGAUGAGAAAGGCCUCUACCUUUCAGAUGUCCUGGCAACCGCGUAUCAUUGCGUUGUUGAUACGGGUGUGAAGAAAAAUGAUGUUGUAGCCAUUUGGGGCGGAGGCCCAAUCGGCCAGAUGGCUGUGGAAUACAGCUUUAGCCAGGGGGCCACUCGUGUCAUCCUUAUCGAUGGAGGAGAGGGAGCAUGGAGGUUGGAUUUUGUCAAGAGCAAGAUACCAAAGCUUGAGACAAUAGAUUUCAGCAACCUACCAAGGGGAGAAUCAAUCACCUCCCAGCUGAAAAAGAUGGUAUCUGGAGGGCCAGAUGUGGCUCUAGAAUGUGCCGCGGGAGAGUACGCUAAAGGAUGGGCACAUUACUUCGAAAUGCUACUGGGAAUGGAGACAGACACCUCGGAAAUUUUGAAUGAGAUGAUCACUGCUGUCCGGCCGUUUGGACGAAUCGGUGUAACCGGUGUCUAUGCUGGCUACACGAACCACUUCAACAUUGGUGCUCUCAUGCAAACUGGUAUCCGGUUCAUUGGCAACGGCCAGGCACCAGUCCAGAAAUACUGGGAAUACCUCUUGGAACUCAUACGGCGGCAGGAGAUUAAUCCAUUGGACAUGGUAACCCACCGUGUCCCAUUGGAGAACAUGCCAGAAUUGUACGCGGCGUUUGAGAGACGAGACAAAGGUAUGCAGAAGGUCUAUGUGCAGACCAGGUUCUCAUCACCUCCGGCGGAAGGAUCACCCCAGCUGACCGAGCUUUGAACGCAUAAUUCUACGAUUACUUGGGUUUUUAUAUGCGAAGAUUGGCAUACAUGUAAUCUAAACACACCAAACGGGAGAGAGAGAGAAAAAAAAACGAAAAAAGAAAAAGGAAAAAUUUUCGUGCUAUUAGAUUGGCAUUUAAUCGGCGAG